AUGGCUAAGGUUGCUCCAUCAGCCCCGUCCCCCACUUCUAGGAUAACCCCGCCCAUCAUCCAUCCACAAGACAUGGAGGAGGAGCCUGGUGGCGUCAGGGAAGGCAACAGAGCUGCUGAAGGAGCCGGACCAGGAGUUUUAUUCAACGUCAACAACAGCAACAACAAUGAGGAGGAAGAGGAGAAGAAGAAAAAGAAGAAAGAAAAGAAAGAGAAGAAGGAGAAAAAGGAGCAGGAGAGGAAGGAGAAGAAAGAGAGGAAGGAGAAGAAAAGGAAAGACAAGGAGGAGAAGGAGAUAGAGAAAGCGAAGGAGAUAGAGAAAGAGAAAGAAAAGGAAAAAGAGAAGAAGGCCAAAGAGGAGGCUCCCAAAGAGAUCGCAGUGAUCGACCCGGCGAGUAACACCUACUACCACUGGCUGUUUGUCAUCACCAUCCCUGUCAUGUACAACUGGACCCUGAUCAUAGCCAGGGCGUGUUUUGAGGAGCUGCAGACGGACUACUUGUACUACUGGUUCUUCCUGGACUUCGUCGCUGACCUCACCUACAUCGCCGACAUGAUCUUCAGAACCAGAACCGGUUACCUGGAGCAGGGUCUUCUGGUGAAGGAAGAGCAGAAGCUCCGUGAUCGCUACAAGAACAGUUUCCAGUUCAGACUGGACCUGGUCUCCAUGAUUCCCACCGACCUUCUGUUCACAGUCUUCGGCCUCGCCUACCCCGAGAUCCGCCUUAAUAAACUCUUGAGGUUCAACAGGAUGCUGGAGUUCUUCCAGAGGACAGAGACCAGGACCAACUACCCCAACGCGCUUCGAAUAUCCAACCUUGUCAUGUACAUUGUCAUCAUCAUCCACUGGAAUGCCUGCCUAUACUACUCCUUCUCCAAGGCCAUCGGUUUCGGUGCUGACAGGUUCGUUUAUCCCGACCCAAAAGACCCUGAGUUUGGUCGUCUGGUGAGGAAAUACGCCUACAGUAUGUACUGGUCCACGCUGACGCUCACCACCAUUGGAGAAACGCCGCCCCCAGUGGAGAACUCAGAGUACUUCUUUGUCGUCACUGACUUCCUGGUGGGUGUGUUGAUUUUUGCCACCAUUGUCGGUAACGUCGGCUCGAUGAUCACCAACAUGAACGCGGCCAGAGCCAGUUUUCAGUCUCGCAUUGACGCAAUAAAACAGUACAUGAGCUUCCGAAAGGUAACAAAGGACCUGGAGAAGCGAGUGAUCAAGUGGUUUGACUUCCUGUGGACCAAUAAGAAGGCAGUGGAUGAAAGGGAGGUGCUGAAGUACCUGCCUGACAAGCUGAGAGCAGAGAUCGCCAUCAACGUCCACCUGGACACCCUGAAGAAGGUUCGUAUCUUUGCGGACUGCGAGGCCGGCCUGUUGGUGGAGCUGGUGCUGAAGCUGCAGCCUCAGGUCUACAGCCCAGGAGACUACAUCUGUAAGAAGGGCGACAUUGGCCGAGAGAUGUACAUCAUCAAGGAGGGAAAACUCGCCGUUGUCGCCGACGACGGAAUCAAACAGUUUGUCGUUCUGAGUGAUGGAAGCUACUUUGGCGAGAUCAGCAUCCUGGCUAUCAAAGGAAGUAAGGCAGGAAACAGAAGGACAGCAAACAUCAAGAGCAUCGGUUACUCCGACCUCUUCUGUCUUUCCAAAGACGACCUGAUGGAGGCGCUGAAGGAGUAUCCUGAUGCCAAGGCUCUGCUGGAGGAGAAAGGAAGGCAGAUUCUGAUGAAGGACGGAUUGCUGGACUUGGAGUUGGCAGCGCAGGGACCUGACCCCAAAGAGAUUGAGGAGAAGGUGGAGAAGAUGACGAGCACGCUGGACGUCCUGCAGACGCGUUAUGCCCGGCUGCUUGCAGACCAUGAAGCUACUCACAGCAAACUCAAACACAGAGUCACCCGGCUGGAGAGGAAGCUGCCGCCGCCGCCAUGA